GAAUAUAAUUGGGCCGUCCCACUCAAUCAAACAAAGCGAGCGUUACCGACGCAACGCGGGAACGGAAACCACUUCACUCUUUAUUCACUAUUCACUAUUCACUCUCUCUCUCUCUGUUCCAUUCCAAUUCCAUCGUGCCGGCCUCAAAGGUGUUUUGGGCCUAAAAAAAUAGAAAAGAUUUGCUUUGACUUGCUCUCUCUUUCUCUGUCUCUCUGUUUUUUAAAAUCUCUGUGCUAGAAUUUUUUUUUUUUUUUUUUUUUUUUGUGUCUAUGUUUGAAGCUCCAGAAUGAGUUGAGAGGUCUUUUUUUUUGGUUAUACAAUACAAGUAGAGACUAGAGAGGAGAAUAAUGGCUUCGAGGUCGUCCAGACAAUCUUAUUCUCAUAAUCAUAAUAAUGGAUCUGCUUCUUCUUCUUCUACUACUUCUUCUUCUUCUUCUUCUGCUGCUGUUUCUUCAAGAACUACAGUGGGCCAUGCUCAACCGGCCCAUAACAUUUCGGGUCGGCCCAAGCCUCCCUCCGCCACUUCAAGACGCUCUGUCACCCCUAAUUCUCGAACUCAGUCUUUUCACUCCGAUCAAGAGCCCAGAAGGGUGAGAGUUGCUAUCAGACUUCGACCAAGAAAUGCUGAAGAUCUUCUUUCAGAUGCUGAUUUUUCUGAUUGUGUUGAGUUACAACCAGAGCUGAAGCGGUUAAAGCUGAGUAAAAACAACUGGAGUUCUGAGUCUUAUAGAUUUGAUGAAGUUUUUACAGAAACUGCCUCUCAAAAGCGUGUUUAUGAAGUGGUUGCAAAACCUGUAGUUGAGAGUGUAUUGAAUGGAUAUAAUGGGACAGUUAUGGCUUAUGGCCAAACAGGUACUGGCAAAACUUACACAGUUGGAAGACUGGGUAAAGAAGAUGCAUCUGAACGAGGUAUUAUGGUUAGAGCUCUUGAAGACAUUAUUGCCAGUACAUCUCCUGCUUCUGAUAGUGUAGAAGUCUCCUAUUUGCAGCUGUAUAUGGAAUCCAUACAAGAUUUGCUUGCACCAGAAAAGACUAAUAUUCCUAUUAAUGAGGAUCCAAAAACUGGUGAUGUGUCAUUGCCUGGUGCUACUGUAGUCAGAGUUCAAGAUCUUGAUCAUUUUCUACAGCUACUGCAAGUUGGUGAGGCAAACCGUCAUGCAGCUAAUACAAAGAUGAACACGGAAUCUUCUCGUAGUCAUGCAAUUCUCAUGGUUCAUAUAAGAAGAUCUGUCCAUGAAAAAGUAAAUGACGAGAUUAAUUCUCAAGAGAAGGGUACUAAAAGUGAUUUAUUUGAUGGCAAUGGCAUACCCAUCGUCCGAAAAAGCAAGUUGCUGAUUGUGGAUCUGGCCGGAUCCGAAAGGAUAGACAAAUCUGGAAGUGAAGGCCUAUUGCUUGAAGAGGCUAAGUUUAUUAACCUUUCUCUCAGUUCCCUUGGAAAAUGUAUAAAUGCAUUGGCUGAAAACAGCUCACAUAUACCUACUAGAGAUUCUAAGCUGACAAGAUUGCUUCGUGAUUCAUUUGGAGGCUCAGCAAGGACUUCGCUUAUAGUAACAAUCGGGCCAUCUGCACGGCACCAUGCAGAGACUGCUAGCACGAUAAUGUUUGGUCAGCGGGCAAUGAAAAUAGUAAAUAUGGUAAAGCUUAAAGAAGAAUUCGAUUAUGAAAGCUUAUCUCGGAAGCUUGAGGGUCAAGUAGAUCAUCUUACUGCAGAAAUUGAAAGGCAACAAAAGUUGAGAGAUGAUGACAAAUACAAAUUGGAAAAACAGCUCAGAGAGUGUCAUGAUUCAUUUGCUGAAGCAAGAAAAGUUCUAGUCACAAGGUCUGAGAUUUUGGAAAAAGAAAAUAUCCAUUUGGAAUCAGAGAUGAAAGGCAUCUUAAAUGAAUUGAACCAUCAGAAAGAUCUUAACAAUUUGAUGCAGGAUAAAGUUUCAAAGCUAGAAAUGAGUUUAAAACAGAGUGAGACUUUAGCUGCCAAUGCCUGCGUCAGAGCAGACAGCUGCAGCAUGGAAUUUACCGAGAUUAUAUGCUUGCAACACCAACUUGAAAAUUCUACAUAUCAGAAAGUACUGGCUGAUACCACUCAGAUGUAUGAGAAGAAAAUGGCAGAGUUGAUUAAACAGAUAGAAGAUGAGCGUGCUCACUCUGAAAAUGCUGAGGAACAAUUAGCUCUGAUGAAGAAGCUCCUGAGUGAGCAUCAAAAGUCAAUUCAGGGGCAGAAACAGAUUGAUGAACUUGCGUUGAAGUUACAAGAAAUGUAUCAGCUACAUGAAAAUACUUUAAGUGAACUACAAUCCCUGAAAUCAGAAAAUAAAGAUCUAUUACUACAGAAGGCAAAAUUAAAUGAAGAACUUCACUCUGUGAGGCAAAGGCUUUUAGAACAGGAGAAACAAAGGAAGGGUAUUGAAAAUGAGCUGAUUAAACUAAAGAGGGCUGUACCUGAAAAUGAGAAUGACUUUGAGGACAAGAAAUCUUAUAUGAAGGAAGAAUUAAGUAAAGGAUCUUCAGAAUUUGGGAACCGAAUGGGUUCAUACAGGUCAAAUCCAUUAAGAGAGAAUAUCUCUGGUCAGAGGGCCACAAUUGCAAAGAUAUGUGAAGAAGUUGGGCUUCAAAAGAUUUUACAAUUGUUGACAUCUGAAGACUCAGAUGUCCAAGUUCACGCUGUGAAGGUGGUAGCCAAUCUUGCUGCUGAAGAUAUUAAUCAGAAAAGGAUUGUGGAGGAAGGGGGUUUAGAUGCUUUGCUUAUGCUGUUGCGAUCAUCGGAAACUACAACUAUUCUUAGAGUGGCUUCUGGAGCUAUUGCCAAUUUGGCAAUGAAUGAGAUGAAUCAAGCCUUAAUAAUGGACAAAGGCGGUGCUCUUCUACUAGCAAAGACAGCAUCUAAAACAGAAGAUCCACAAACUUUACGAAUGGUUGCUGGUGCACUUGCUAAUUUAUGUGGAAAUGAAAAGCUACUCACGGUGUUGAAAGAAGAUGGAGGCAUCAAGGCACUACUGGGAAUGGUUAGAUCUGGGAGCAGUGAUGUCAUUGCACAGGUGGCUAGAGGACUGGCUAACUUCGCAAAAUGCGAAUCCCGAGGAGUAAUUCAAGGACAUAGAAUAGGCCGUUCACUUCUAAUAGAUGAUGGUGCACUUACAUGGUUGAUUGCCAACUCCAAUACUAAUUCAGCUUCAACCCGACGCCAUGUUGAGCUUGCUCUUUGCCAUCUGGCACAAAACGAGGACAAUGCCAAGGACAUCAUAUCUGGUGGAGGGGUAAAAGUGCUUAUACAAAUAUCGGUGGAGUCCAGUAGAGAAGAUAUCCGCAACUUGGCAAAGAAGAUGCUCAGAUUGAAUCCUUCACUUCAAGCUGAUAUGCAUGCACGAUAGUAGUAAAACUGUACAGAACUGCAACCUUGCAAUCUUAUCGUACUAAUUAAAUUAUGUAUAUACGAUACAGAACUGAGUGUAGACUCAAACUGAAUCCUGUAAUAGUGAAUUUUUUUCUGACUGUCAUCUCACUGCAAACCUUGUAAGAAAAUGCUUAGUUACUGGACAGUUGUCUCCAAACCAAUUUGGUUUUAAAUCUCCUCAAA